CGCAUACGGCAAACCUUGUUCCUAGCUGUUAUGCUGUUUCACGAAAUGGACGGUGGUGGCUAGCUUGACUCACGCAGCGGUAUUUUCGUCGCUGUCCUGAAAAUGCCACUGUUUUCAUGCUUCGGUGGAGGUGGUCUGAAGCAUUCGGCCUCGGGAGGGCGGACCAUUGUGAAAGGGAGCGAGCCAGAGCCUGUCGCUGUGGCGCAACCCUCGCCAAAGCAGCCGGAAGCAGCAGAGGUUAACGUGCUUGGUCCCGGGGCAAGCGGAGCACUUACGGGCUCUAUAAGCAAGAAGUUGAGCAACUCCAGCUUUACCAGGAGCACUCAGGAAGCAUCUGAGGACAAGGCCGCUGCGCCUGCUCAAGGCGCCGGGAGCGGAACCAGCAAUCCAGCACCAGCUGCUGAACAGGCUCCAUCUUCAGAGCCUGUGGAAGAGUCGACUGAGGAGGAGGAGACACGACCAGCACCCGAAGACGGGAAACCCGGCCCUGGCCGGGCUCCGGUUCCCCUGCCACAGCCGGGCUGCUAUACACACAGUUUGAAGCUGACCAGCGAGCAAACACUUUGCCAAUCGAACAUUCAGCUUUGCAAACCAGAGGAGUUGGUGGGGGACAUCAAGGACUUGGCAUUCAUUGGGAACGGUUCCUUUGCCGCGGUAUUCAAGGGACUGUGGCAGGGUGCCAAAGUCGCUAUAAAGUUUGUCGUCUCGGACAGUCUGAACUCAAACAGUGUGACGCUUCGCGAGUCCCUGCUUGGACAGCUGUUGUCUCAUCCCAAUGUCAUCCAGACGUACACUACGCGGUGCGCGCUCAUGGACGACGAUUCGCUUGAUGCCAUCCACGGUUCGGCCACGGACGACGCACGACGGUUAAGCGGCGACAGCAUGCGUUUCGUCAGUGGCGACGGGUUUGGCGACCCACGGCACAAAGCGGGAGGCGGCACGAUUUCCGUCUCCAACAUCCUGCUACAGUUGCAGGUCAAACCGGGCCAAUACGUUGCCGUUGUCAUCAUGGAGUACGCGGACAGGGGUACGUUGCAGGAGGCAAUUUAUAAGCGGCAAGUCUUUCGGGAAAGCCCUCGAUGGAACAAGCGCAUUGCCGCCCGCGCCUUGUUCCGGACGGCGCGUGAGAUUGCCCUGGGCAUGCAGCACCUGCACAGCAGCAACGUUCUUCACGGCGACUUGAAGCCUGGAAAUGUGCUCCUAACGUCUGCCCGUGUGGACCGCCGUGGCUUUAUUGCCAAAUUGGCGGACUUCGGACUCUCGCAUGUGGCGCAUGGGCCCAUCGCGACGAAUACGUGGGGGACUCUGCGCUACAUGGCGCCUGAGCACUUCUCCGGCACCAUGUCGAAGGCCACUGACGUCUUCGCCUUCGGGAUGUUACUGUGGGAGAUGGUCACGGGUAAGAAGCCGUACGAGAAUAUGACGCAGGGAGAGGUCAUCCAGUCGGUCUCGCAGGGUCUCCGGCCGCAAUGGCCGCCGGACUGCUUCCCGCACUUGGAGUACCUCGGUAAGCGCUGCAUUGCGCACAAUCCCGCGGAUCGACCGUCGUUUGGGGAGAUUGUGAAGGAGCUAGAGGAUAUGGAGGUCAUGCUGCGAGAGCUGCUGCAGGCAACACGGGAGUCUACCGGCAUGAACGCGGUGGGAGCCCCAGCAGGCAACUCCCCUUCACAGGCAGGUCUGCAGCCUGAACAACUGUAACUGUCGGCGGCUGGCGAAUGCGUGCCUAGCACGUGCUAUCAUCACUUGUGGGCAGCUUGCAUGUUGGCAUUACGUAGGUCCUUCCUUGAU